AUGACUUCUCACGCGGCUGUUGAGGGCGGUUUAGGCAAGGCUGCCCAGCCCAACGAAGCCGAGCUGGUCUCAGUCGAGGACAAGAGAGAACUGUCGAGUGAGAAGCAGAUUGAAGACGUUGACGGAAAUGACCAGAACCUCCACUACGACGAGGUGGAUGUCGAGCCAGAGCUUCAUGCGAGAACCUAUAUUGCCCUUUUUUCCAUGUUUCUCUUGAAUAUGGUUCAAGUUGUGGCGUUGCAGGGCCCUCCGGCUGUGCUCGACUUCAUCGGCGAUAGUCUCAACAAUCCUAAAACUCAGACCUGGGUCCCCAAUUCUCUUUCCCUUGUCCAGGCUGUCCUGGGUCCUGUCAUUUCUCUCGCAUCAGACACCUUCCAAGCUCGAAAGAGCAUCCUCGUGGGCUCAUGCCUCAUCUCUCUUAUCGGGGCUGCCAUCUCUCCGGGCUCAGGCAAUAUCUACAGACUGAUCGUAGGCCAAACAUUGAUUGGCUUUGGUUUCGCAGCAGUACCGCUCGCAUACUGUGUUCCCAGUGAAAUCUUACCGAGGAAGUGGAGGCCGAUGGCACAAGCAUGCAUGAACAUUGCUGCAUCUUUAGGUGCUAUUCUCGGGCCUAUGUCUAUCGGCGCUCUGACGAAACGUAAUGCAGAGGACGGAUGGCGCAAGUUCUAUUGGAUCCAAGUUGGCCUCUGGGGAGCCACCGCUGCAGGUAUCCUUGUGGGAUAUAGACCACCAAAGAGACACACCAGGCUCGACCACCUCUCUUUCUGGCAGAAACUGGGCCACAUCGAUAUCCCCGGCUGUUGUCUUCUUACCGCCGGUUUGUCACUGUUCCUCACUGGUCUCAAUCUCGGAGGUAACUUGUACCCUUGGACGAAUUCGCGGACACUCGCAACUCUCGUUGUGGGCAUUGUCAUUCUCAUCGCCUUCGGCAUCUACGAGUGGAAAGGCACCAAGACUGGGAUUAUGAACCACACUCUAUUUGGUGGGGGCAGAGCAGCGGGCCGCACAUUUGCCAUCUGUGUGGGCUUGAUCUUUAUUGAAGGCAUCCUGCUCUUCUCGUAUAUCGUCUUCUAUCCUGUCUUAACAACCUCGCUCUUCGAAACGGAUCCACUGUUGCUCGUGUCUCGAGAAAUGCCCUUCUGGGUUGCAGGCGGCAUCUCCACCGUGAUCUGGGGUUAUGCAAGCACCCGAUUCCGCACAAUCCGAGAACCACUCUUCCUGGGUUACUUGAUCUUUACUGGCGCAAUCAUUGGAUGGACUACGAUUCAGCCAAAGGAUAGCACUACUGCCGUUGUGAUGAGUGGUCUCGCGGGCUUUGGGUUUGGAGCACCGCUCAUCCUGAUCAUUGCCGGUGUCCAGCUGUCCACGCCACACAGCCUGAUAGCAACAGCAACAGCUGUAACAACCUCAUCUCGAGCAGUGGCAGCCACGGUCUUCACGGCCAUCUAUGCAGCUGCGCUGAACACUCGACUUGGCACUAAUAUACCCAACGGCGUCGCAGGAGCGGCCGCAAAAGCAGGUCUCCCAGCCAGUUCUAUCCCGACUUUCGUUGAAGCUUUGGCGGCGGGCAACACGGCCGCGCUGAGUAGCAUCCCGGGCGUGACUCCGGCCAUCAUCGCCGCUGGUGUCGCGGCGCUCAAGCAGGCGUUUGCGGACUCGAUCCGAGUGGUUUACAUUAUCGCCGCGCCGUUCGGGGCACUGGCGUGCAUCGCGUGCUUGUUCCUAGGUGACUUGCGCAAGACAAUGAACUAUGUUGUUGAUGCACCAGUGGAGGACCUGCACGCGAAGAAGCACACCCAUCAUCAUCACCACCAUCAUCACGGUGAGAGUCGGGAUACCGAGCACGAAGCGUAA